AUGGCCAACCUACCACCGCUUCCCAAGAUUGAAGGAGAUGUUGAGCUCUUACUCGAUGUAUUCACUCAUAAAUCUCUUCGCAUGACCGGUGCUCCGUUGAAUGAAGACUAUGGAGAUACAGAUCGUCUAGCUGAGCUAGGUGCUUAUGUUCUGCAGAUGGUCGUCGCCACACAUUGGUUCCAUGCGAAGAAUCCAAGUCUCCCGGCCGACCAGCUCAGCGCCAGGAUCAAGGAGUCACUGAGUGACACCACUGUGGACACAUGGAUGAACGCUUACGGAUUGAAGACCAAGCUGCGGAUCGCCCCUUCAGAGAUGGAACGAAGUAUGAAUUCUAGUACGGAAAUGCGCAAGGUGUUCGAAACCUAUGUUGGCGCCGUCUACUUCCGCAACCGCAAUGGACUGAAGGAGAUCCAGCAGUGGAUUUCGCGGUUGAUUGACCCGAAUGGUGCCACUGCGAUCUUGGAAGAUAUGCCUACUCAUCGAACCGCAUCUCCACCUGUUCCUUCUUCGCCUCCUGCUGCGCAGAGAUACGUACCCAUGCAAUUCGCUCCUCCCCCUCAACCCAUGGCGCCUCCACCACCGAUGCCUCCUGGAACGCCAUACGGCCGUGGGCCUACUGGCUUUGCGCAGGGAGCGCACGGGAUGCAUACAACUACCGGGCAAGGACACGUAGUUCAACAGAACCUGGUCACAGUGGCUUUGAUGAAUCAGAAGGCAGCCCAGAAUGGCGUGCAUGUAACCUACCCUGCAGAGCAGUCUGGUCCCCCACAUGCACCUCUUUGGCAUGUUCGAUGCUGCUUGAAUGGCAAAGAAUACGGCCGUGGCACCGGUAGGAGUCAGAAAAUCGCUAAAGAAGAAGCUGCUCGUCAAGCUUGGACCGCCAUGGGCUGGCACCAGUAG